CUGUGGAGUUCGUUUGGUCGAGUCCGACUCGGUUAAUAAACCAAACAUCUCACCUCAAAUCAAACCCUCUUCAUUUCUCCCCCAAUUGACUCAGUCCAACUCGUUCAAUGCUUCGUCGAAACUCACUGAGUUUCUCAUGGAAACUCAUCAUUCCUCCCACAAGCCCGAACUCGUCGGCUCUCACUCACAUCAGAUCCACCAGCUCUAUCGUUACGCCCACUGCUUCGACGUCCGAUACGCAGAGCCUAGGGUUUCGAGUUGCCGAUCGCGCGGUGGCUAAUACGACGUCGUUGAGUGCGGUUGAUGUGGCCAGACACUAUGGACGCUGUUAUUGGGAGCUCUCUAAAGCCAGGCUUAGCAUGCUAGUUGUUGCUACUUCGGGAGCGGGAUAUGUUCUUGGCAGUGGUAGUGCUAUUGACUAUUUGGGUCUCAGUUACACAUGUGCCGGUACAAUGAUGAUCGCGGCAGCUGCUAAUUCCUUAAAUCAGAUUUUUGAAAUUAAGAAUGAUGCUAAGAUGAAGAGAACAAUGCGAAGACCACUACCAUCGGGACGGAUCACUUUACCUCAUGCGGUCAUGUGGGCGUCUUCUGUUGGUGUAGCUGGCACUGCUUUAUUGGCAUGGAAGGCGAACAUGCUGGCAGCUGGUCUUGGAGCCUCUAAUCUUGUUCUCUAUGCAUUUGUAUACACUCCUCUAAAGCAGAUACAUCCGGUAAACACUUGGGUUGGGGCAGUUGUUGGUGCAAUUCCACCUCUUCUUGGGUGGGCCGCAGCUUCUGGUUCUAUUUCACUCAACGGAAUGAUUCUUCCGGCUGCUCUCUAUUUUUGGCAAAUACCACACUUUAUGGCCCUUGCUUAUCUGUGCCGUGAAGAUUAUGCUGCUGGAGGGUUUAGGAUGUUUUCACUUGCUGAUGCGUCAGGCCACAGAACAGCUUUAGUGGCUUUAAGGAACUGCUUGUAUCUACUUCCUUUGGGUUAUGUGGCCUACGAUUGGGGUAUUACGUCUGGCUGGUUUUGUCUUGAAUCGACACUACUUGCACUUGCAAUCACCGGAACAGCGAUGUCAUUCUAUGUACACCGAACUACAGAAACUGCCAGGAGAAUGUUUCAUGCCAGUCUUCUCUAUCUACCAGUAUUCAUGUCUGGGAUUAUGUUUCAUAGACUUUCUGAUAAUCCGGAGCUCAUAUCAGUGAAAAAUUCGGAGGCACUUGUUGGCUAUACAUCCACCUCAGAAGCUUCAGUAAAGGAACUUGAAAACUCAGAUCAACAAAAGAAGGUGAAACGCGUUGAUCCUAGUGGUCGUCAAAGACGUCCACCUGUAGCAUUCGCUUCGGUGGCGCCAUUUCCUUUUUUACCAGCUCCUUCAUACUCUUCAUAUUGAUUUGAUUUGCUCGCAUGAACUUUCUGUUUUAGCAGUCGAUGAGUGAAUGCAUGUAAAUGUGGAUUCGAACGAGUUGAAGCUGAAGAAGUAGAUUUUAUUCUUAGCUAAUGUGCCCCAUUUAUAAUCAGAAUUUUGUUUGUUUAUUUUUAAUUUCUGUGUUCUUUGACUUUUACUAAUUGCUAAUGGGUGCAUUAUAUGGUUUUAGCUUUUGUAACUAAUUGCUACUGGGUGCAUUGUAUGGUUUUAGCUUAUUUAUAGCAACUGCAGAAAGAAAAUGCAAUAUCUAUCUGUUGGCAAAGUUUUGGUUUCAAA